ACAAGAAUUUAGCACACAGCAUCUGCCCCAUGUAAGCACUCAGCAAAGUCAGUAAUUAAAGCAAAAGUUUUCUUAUUAGAUGUGCCAUUUAUUCACUCACCAAAUGUUUAUGGAGGAGCCCCUGCUCUGUACUGGGUAAUAUUUAGAUGGGGAGACAUAAUAGUGAGCAAAAUCCUUCCCUUGUGGAACUUACACUCCAGUGGGAACAGACGCAACAAACCAACAACCACAGCGUGUUAGUGGUGAUGAGUUCUGUGAGGGGAAAAAGCAGGGUAAGGCAUGACGAUGGGAGACCGUGGGUGGGUGAGUGGGAAAUCCCAUUUUUGGUAGUUAGUGAAAGCCUCAGAAGGUGACCUUCGAGCAGAGCCUUGAGGGAAAUGACAAAGUGAGCCAUGCAGAUAGCUGGAGAAAGAGUUUCAGGCAAAAGGAAAGUGAAUGCAGAGACACUGAGCUGAGAGAACUCGUGGUGAGUUGGAAGAACAGCAAAGAGGCUGGUAUGGCCAGAACUCUGAAAGGAUGGGGGAGAGUGGAUAGACAUGAGGUCGGAGGUCACUCAAGCCUUGUACCCAGGACAACUGUUUUGAAAUGUAUUCUGAGUGACGUGGGAAGCCAUUAAAGGGUUUUGAGAGGAGUAGUGAUGUGACCUGAUGGUUUUUGCAACAUAAAAUAUAGUGUGUGCUCAAUAUAUGCUUUCUCAAAUACAUAAAAAUUAAAGCAGCAAAUAACUAUUAUGAGCACAUUUAAAAGUUGCGUAAAUCCUUAUAACUCCCAGUAUCUGUCAUACUUGUGCCCCCCAUCUGUUUUUUUCUUUAUUUGCUUGUUUUUUGAGGAGAAGGCUGUACCAACAUCUUGAAAUAGGAAGUGUCCUAUGUUCUGAGGAAAGCAAGAAAGUGCAGUGUGUGCUUUUAGAGAGGCUUUUGGAGACAAAGAACCAGAAUGUAGAGUAGGUGGAGGAGAAGAAAGCAGUACAAUCUUUGUAGGGAGAAAGGCCAGGUAGUGAGUGGGAGUUGGCCCAGAGCCUAGAAGUGUGAGCGGACUUAACCUGGAAGUGUCUUGCUUAAAGGGGCAGCAUGGCCAACACAAGUUCACUGAGGGAGUGGGUGUACAUGCAUGACUUAACUCCUGGAUCCACACCGUAUUUCGCUUGUCCUUCUGGGACUCAUUUCUGCCCAUACCUCCUGUCCCCACUACCUGCCUUAGACUCCCCAUGUUCCUCACCUGAAGUCAUUCUUCUGAAGUUAAUUUUUUUCACUUGUGAAAAAAAUACACAUCAUAUAACAUCACCAUUUUAAAGUCUACCACAAUUCAGUGACAUUUAGUACAUGUACAGUGUUGUGCAACUGUCACCACUAUUUAAUUCUGUAACACUUAAUCACUCCAAAAGGAAACCCUGUAACUGUUAACCAGUCACUUCCAAUUCCUCUUCUCCUUCCUCAGCCCUUUGCAACCACUAAUAUGCUUUCUGCGACCACUCAUCUGCUUUCUAUCUCAAUGGGUUUGCCUAUUUUGGGCAUUUUCUGUAAAUGAAAUCAUAGAAUAUGUAGUCUUUUGUGUCUGGUUUCCUCCAAUUAACAUAAUCUUUCUAAGAUUCAUCCGUGUUGUAACAUGUAUCAGCACCUCAUUCCUUUUUAUGGCUGAAUAUCAUCCAUUGUAUGGAUAUACCACAUUUUAUUUACCUAGUCAUCUGUUGGUGGAUAUUUGGGUUGUUUCUACCUUUUGGAUAUUGUGUAUAGUGCUGCUGUGAACAUUCUUAUACCAGUUUUUGUUUGAACAGUUGUUUUCCAUUCUUUUGGGUAUAUACCUAGUAAUGGAGUUGUGGAGUCAUAUGGUAAUUUUAUGCUUAACUUAUUGAGGAACCACCAAACUCUUUUCCACCAUGGCCACAGUUUUUUACAUUCCCACCGUAAAGUGUAAGGGUUACCAUUUUUUAUGUCCUCACCAAAUCUUAUUUUCUCUCUCUCUCUUCCCCCCACCCCCCCAAAUUCUAGUCAUCUGGUAGUUUUGAAAUAUAUCUCAUUCUGGUUUUGAGUUGAAUUUCCAUAAUGGCCAAUAACAUUGAAUAUGUUUUCGUGGGCUUAAUGGCCAUUUGUAUAUCUGCUUUGGCGAAAUGUCAGUUCUAGUCUUUUGUGUGUCUUUUUUGUGCCUCGCGGCGGCCGCUGGCCCUAGGGCGUGUCUGGCUUAGCUGGGCGGGCGCCCAGGACCACCCCACAAAGCUGUAGCGCCCGAACCCGCCACGGAGAAAGGUCCGCUGAAGAAAGCUCCGUCUCAAUUGUGCUUCCUGGCUCUUGCCUCCCAAACGCGUACCAUUUCCACUUGAUGUCAUCAUGCUCAGAAUGGGGUGAAAGGGACUCAGUGACAGAUUCAGUUUGAAGGAUAAAUAAUCAUAUUGCAAUGUUUUCUUUGGGAACCACUGUUUCCAGAAGCCAUGGUCUUUGAAAAUUGCCAUUGCUGCUGGCCUUGUAUUCCUGGGUGUUUUGAGAGAAGAUGUGCCCCGCUGCUGGCUCUGAGCUGCCUGUCGCUAAGGUCGCCCUGGCCUUUUGACAAAAUGAACACACCUGUGAGUGCUGGAUGUCUGUGAGUUCCCCAUCACCUGCACUGGAAAGACGCAGAGCGGCGGCCUCUGAAGACAAGCUCCCUCCCCUUCCCCUUGGCCUUGCCCUUCCUGCUCAGGGUCCACCAUGGAGACGCUGUCCCAGGACUCUGCUAGAAUGUCAGAUCUGUUUUAAUUACUACAGCCCCUAGUGAAGGCCAAGUUGCUGGAUUGCAAGCACACCUGCUGUUCAGUUUGCCUCCAGCAGAUGAGGACCAGCCAGAAGGACGUGCGAUGCCCCUGGUGCAGUGGUGUCACCAAGCUGCCCCCCGGCUUCUCCGUGUCGCAGCUCUUCGACGACCCCGAGGUCCUGGCUAUCAUCACCAUUCCACACACUUCGGAGCACGUGCCGGUCUUCAUCAGACUUCCUGGCAGUGGGUGCUACAUGCUGCCGCUGCCCAUCUCCAAGGAGCAUGCGCUGCUGCCCGGAGAUAUGAGCUGCCGCCUGCUGCCCAGGAGCCUGCAGAAGUCCGUCACUGUGGUGACCAUCCCUGCUGGACAGCAGCCUCUGCAAGGCAGGGCUCCCCAGGGGGUGGUGGAGGAGGAGCAGGACAGGUGGGGCAUGGUGAAAAGCUCCAUCUGGUUGAGGGUGUGCACUGUGAUCUUGGUGGCUUGCGUCUUGGUCUUCCUCCUCAGCGUCGUGCUCCAUAACAUGUCCUGCAUUUCUAAGUGCUUUACUGCGACAUCUUGUGGCUGGAGAGGGCUGCAGGGAAGUCUCUUGUGGGUGCCAACUUAGGGGUUGAGCACAUUGGUGAUGAGAUCCCAGUGUGAAGAUGAGGGGCGACACUGACCAUUUGGUGCUGAGAGCUGGCUUCUGAUUUACCUCUUGAUUUACCGCAAGACAGACAUGAAGGGCAGAAGUUGAGGUCUCAACAAGAUACCAGGCAACUUGCUCUGAGUACUGAUAGCAACAGCUUUGAAGAUGAUUGCAUGCAUCCUCAUAAUGAUGUAUUCAAUGGACUGUAAUUUCUGAUUUUUCAAAAUCAUGUUACGAGAUAGACAUAUUCUACUUAGAUGUUAAACUCUACAAGUGCGUACAAUGUGAUCUUCUCUAAAUCCGUUAGAUUAAAACAAAGAUGCUAUGUAUGCAAGUAGAAUUAAACCUGCAAAUCCAUGUAAAAAUUCAGUUAAGACAUGCAGUGCUGGCUUCUUUACUUUUUUUGUUUUCCUUGAAACUCAGUCUUCAUUUAGUUGCUGAGGCUUUUUAUACAUUUUGAAUGGUACCAAAACAAAAUAAGUCAAAAUGGACAGUCGUUUUUUUUUUGAGAAAAUAUUUUAACAAGUGUCUCCAAUGUGUUGUGUUUUGUCAUGAACUUUCAUUUUCUUCACUUGUAAUUAGAGCUCCUAUGUGUUUAUUAAACUGAAAGCCCAAUAGGGGAGCAAU